CUUACCGCUACAAUAGCCCGACUUCCUUACCGGUACAAUAGUCUUGUGCUACAUCACGUUACUUGCGGCAUCACGCGUCAUUUUUCCUCAGACGAGAUAUCUGAUGGCCCCUUUGCAUCCCGAUGAGGAGGCUUGGCAAUCUUUUCCUCUGGCCAAGCCUGACAGCCAAGUGGCCACGAAGUCAAGUCCCAAGACACUUCCGUUGUACGUCCUGUUACGUAUGGAGCAGUGCAGUUUGCAUGGAGAUGACCGUGAUGCCCGCCCAGCCCCGCCCCAAUACCACCUGCUCCCGCCUGGCGUGCCGCCUCCUUCACCGGAGCCGCCGAGCCAUCCGUCAAUACCCACACCCGCCCAGCCCGUCACCUUCUCCUUCACCUUCCGUCUCUACCACCGCCAGCAUUAACACAGCUGGUGUUAGGGGCUUACAAGGCUACAGGGCUACUUUGUCGGCGGCGACUAGGAGACCCAUGCAGCCACGAGACUGCGUUGGGCCCCGCCAUGGGCAUGAACGAUGGAGGUGGGUGCGAGUGAUCUGGCUAGUGGUGUGCAUGUUGCAUUGGGAUAGUGGGCGUGUUCGUGGCACGUGUCUGCUUUGCCUACGAGAUCUGGAUGACGCUCAGCUGCAUCCGAGGUACCCCCAGCGGCAGCCAGUGCCACUCUCAGUCAGCU